AUGGCUGGAAGGAAUGACGCUGCAAUGGCUGCCGCAAUGCAAGCGAUGGCACAAGCUGUGCAGAACUUGCCAAAUGCUGGUGGAGAUGCUGGAUCACGUAGCUUGGCGACUUUUCAAAGAGAGAAUCCGCCGGUGUUUAAAGGGAAGCAUGAUCCAGAUGCAGCCUUGGGAUGGUUGAAAGAGAUCGAGAUAAUCUUCCGUGUUAUGGAUUGCACUCCAGCUCAGAAGGUUCGGUAUGGUACUCACAUGCUAGCAGUCGAAGCUGAUGACUGGUGGCUAGAGACUCACGAGAGGUUGACCGUGGCAGGUGAAGUCAUUACUUGGGAUGUAUUCCGUAGGGAAUUCAUGAGAAAGUAUUAUCCGGAAGAUGUCCGUGGUAAGAAAGAAAUUGAGUUCCUUGAGCUGAAGCAAGGAAACAUGUCUGUCACUGAUUAUGCUGCAAAAUUUGUGGAGUUGUCCAAAUUUUAUCCUCAUUACACCGGUGUUGGUGCUGAAUUUUCAAAGUGCAUCAAGUUUGAAAACGGACUGCGCUCUGAAAUUAAGAAGGCUGUUGGGUAUCAGAAGAUACGCAUUUUUACUGAAUUGGUUGAUAGCUGCAGGAUAUUUGAAGAAGACAAUAAUGCUCAUUACAAGAUUGUCAGUGACCGCAGGGGCAAGCAACAUCAAAACCGUGGCAAGCCGUAUGAUGCUCCAGUGGGAAAAGGGAAACAAGGAGCUGCUCCGGCUCAGAGGACUAGUAGGGGAGGUGCUCCUGCUGGUAUAGUUUGCUUCAAAUGUGGUCAGGCUGGUCAUAAGAGUAAUGUAUGCACUGCUGAAGUAAAGAGGUGUUUUCGCUGUGGUAAGACUGGCCAUGCAAUAGCUGAUUGCAAGCACAAGGAAAUGAUUUGUUUUAAUUGUGGCGAAGAAGGGCAUAUUGGAAGUCAGUGUCAGAAGCCAAAGAAAUCUCAAACUGGAAAGGUGUUCGCAUUGACCGGAACUCAAACCUCCAGUGAGGACAGACUUAUCCGAGGUACAUGUUUCAUAAAUGGUACUCCUUUAAUUACUAUUAUUGAUACCGGUGCUACACACUGUUUUAUUUCUGCUAACUGUGCUCGAAGACUGGGUUUAAAAUUGUCCGCUUUGGAUGGUGAAUUGAUUGUUGAGACCCCAGCUAAGGGAUCAAUAACUACUUCUUUGGUAUGUUUAAAAUGUCCUUUGUCGAUCUUCGAUAAAGAUUUCUAUGUUGAUUUAGUAUGUUUGCCGUUGGAUGGGAUGGAUGUAAUUCUUGGUAUGAACUGGUUAGAGUAUAAUUAUGUUCAUAUAAAUUGUCAUCAUAAGUCGGUGAGGUUUUCCACUCCUGAAGAGGAAGGAGUUGACUUAUUACCUUUCAGAGAAUUGCGAAAAUUGAUGAAAGAGGGAGCUCAGAUGUUUUCUUUGAUGGCGACGUUGUCGGUUGAGAGUAAAGCUAAGAUUGAGGAACUGUUAGUGGUGAAAGAAUUCCCUGAAGUUUUUCCUGAUGAAAUUCCUAGUGUGCCGCCAGAGAGGGAAGUUAAAUUUACUAUUGAUCUGGUACCUGGUACUAGGCCUGUUUCGAUGGCACCGUAUAGAAUGUCGGCAUCUGAAUUGUAUGAAUUAAAGAAGCAAUUGGAAGACUUACUUGAGAAGAAGUUUAUA